AUGUCCGGAGAAGCAUGGCUGUAUCUCCUCGCCGUGCUGAUCAACGCGGUGAACCUGUUUUUGCAGGUCUUCUUCACGAUCAUGUACAGCGACUUGGAAUGUGACUAUAUCAACCCGAUCGACCUCUGCAACCGCUUGAACACGUACAUCAUCCCAGAGGCGGCCGUGCAUGCGUUUUUGACGUUCUUGUUCGUGAUCAAUGGAUACUGGCUUGCUAUCAUUCUGAACCUACCGCUACUAGCGUGGAACGCGAAGAAGAUCUUUGAGAAUUCGCACCUCCUCGACGCGACGGAGAUCUUCCGGAAGUUGAACGUGCAUAAGAAGGAAUCGUUCAUCAAACUGGGUUUCCACCUCGUCAUGUUUUUCUUCUACCUCUACUCCAUGAUCGUGGCUCUAAUCCGCGACGAGUCCCAUUAA